AUGAACAAAGAGAAACUGGACUUGGAGAUGAUGAGGUCUGACAUACUGAAACAAAGUGACAUAUUAGAACAAGUGAUACAAGAUAUAGACGAGGAAAAAGAAAAACUGAAAAACACAAAGACUGAGCUACAACAGAAGAAAGAACAUGCAGAAAGUCAGUUUUAUGAGAUCAACAGAGAGAAAAUCAACAUUGAAGAUCUGACCAUUCAGCUUCAGACAGAAAGAGACAAACUUGACAAUGUCAUGAACAUGAUAACCUUAAAACAAGAAGAACAACAACUCAAGGAAGAAGAGUUCAUAAGACAAAUACAAGUACUGGAAACCAGUAAGAACAGUGUACUGUUAGAAAGAGAAGAACUGGAACUUUUGAGGAAGGAUCUCAACAGGAAGAAAGAAGAGGUUGAAGCUGCCAUGAUCACCAUCAAUGGAGAGAGAGAACAACUCAAUGAGAUGAAGAGUAGUAUUGACCUGGACAGACGAAUGCUCGAGAAAGAAAAGGACAGAAUGGAAGGAGAAAGUUCUGAGCUGAAAAUAAGAGAAGAUCAACUCCUGAAUGAAAUGAAAUCCCUUGAAUAUCUGAGGGAAAAACUGCAACAGCUGAAUGAAAGGAUGAGUGAAGAUGUGAAAAAGAAAAUCAUGAGACUGGAACACAACAAUGAAGACUUACUAAAACUGUUGAGUGUUUUGGGGCAAAAGCAUGAGGCUCUGGAUAAACUGAAGGAAAAUAUGUUAUCUUACACUGAGAUAUUAGAAAGAGAAAGAGAAGGGUUGAAGAGUACGAUGUCAGAAAUUGUAAUGCAGAGACAAGAAAUGGCCAAUCGACUGAAAAAAGAGACUGAGUUGGAAAAGACACAUCUUAUAGAACUAAAGGCAGAGCGGAAGCAAGACAGAGAGGAUCUGGAUAGAGAGAUUGAGAUGAUGAACAAAGAGAAACUGGACUUGGAGCUGAUGAGGUCUGAAAUCCUGAAACAAAGUGACAUAUUAGAACAAGUGAUACAAGAUAUAAAAGAGGAAAAAGAAAAACUGGAAAUCACAACGACUGAGCUACAAAAGAAGAAAGAACAUGCAGACAGUCAGUUUGAUGAGAUCAACAGACAGAAAACCAACAUUAAAAAUCUGACCCUUCAGCUUCAGACAGAAAGAGACAAACUUGACAAUGUCAUGAACAUGAUAACCUUAAAACAAGAAGAACAACAACUCAAGGAAGAAGAGUUCAAAAGACAAACACAAGAACUGGAAACCAGUAAGAACAGUGUACUGGUAGAAAGAAAAGAACUGGAACUUUUGAGGAAGGAUCUCAACAGGAAGAAAGAAGAGGUUGAAACUGCCAUGAACAUCAUCAGUGGAGAGAGGGAACAACUCAAUGAGAUGAAGAGCAGUACUGACAUGGACAGACGAAUGCUCCAGAAAGAAAAGGACAAAAUGGAAGGAGAAAGAUCAGAGCUGAAAAUGAGAGAAGAUCAACUCUUGAAUGAAAUGAAAUCAACAAAAACUCUGAGGGAAAAACUACAACAGCUGAAUGAAAGGAUGAGUGAAGACGUGAAAAACAAAAUCAUGAGACUGGAACAAAACAAUGAAGACUUAUUGAAACUGUUGAGUGUUUUGGAGCAAAAGCAUGAGGUUCUGGAUAAACUUAAGGAAAAUAUGUCAUCUUACACUGAGACAUUAGAGAGAGAAAGAGAAGGGUUGAAGAGUACGAUGUCAGAAAUUGUCAUGCAGAGACAAGAAAUGGCCAAUCGACUGAAACAAGAGACUGAGUUGGAAAAGACACAUCUUAUAGAACUAAAGGCAGAGCAGAAGCAAGACAGAGAGGAUCUGGAUAGAGAGAGUGAGAUGAUGAACAAAGAGAAACUGGACUUGGAGCUGGUGAGGUCUGACAUCCUGAAACAAAGUGACAUAUUAGAACAAGUGAUACAAGAUAUAAAAGAGGAAAAAGACAAACUGGAAAUCACAAAGACUGAGCUACAAAAGAAGAAAGAACAUGCAGACAGUCAGUUUGAUGAGAUCAACAGACAGAAAACCAACAUUAAAGAUCUGACACUUCAGCUUCAGACAGAAAGAGACAAACUUGACAAUGUCAUGAACAUGAUAACCUUAAAACAAGAAGAACAACAACUCAAGGAAGAAGAGUUCAAAAGACAAACACAAGAACUGAAACCAGUAAGAACAGUGUACUGUUAG